AUGGAAUAUUGCGACAGCAACUCGAAGCUUAUCGACCGGUUCUUGGACGUAUUCCCCCAAUCGGCAGAUGGCAUUCGAGCCUUUGUUCGUCGAUACGAGGAUGUCGAGCACGUUCCGACUCAGAUGCUUUGGGAGAGCAUGACACAGGUACUCGAUACAGGAUCUACUAUUUGCGCGCCAUGCCCCGAAGUCGAGUACAUGGACACUUCAGAGCGCGAAGCACGAGGUCCGACCCCGUUCUUCUUGGACUUGGAUGCGCCCGCUGAGACGCCUGAGCCUUCCGAUGUACCACUGGAGGAUACGCUCCUUCCUCCGUUCAGUAUGUUGGGGUAUCCUGUGACGCUACCACCGGUGGCAUACACAACACAACCUGUUCAUCCCAGGCCGACACCGUCCCGUGCCGCCGUAGGACCCAUCACCAGCCAGGUGAGGCGCCCGCGACAGCGUCAUGUGCUCUUGGACCCAACUAGGCGGGAUGCCAUCGGCGUCAGGAAGUCGGCGAACACCCCUGCGCGCCCGGUCACCGUCACCUCUCCUCUUGGCCGCACCCGUCCCACCUUCAGAAACGCUAUACCCGACAUGUAUCAAGACUGGAUCGCGCGCACGGCGACCUACACUCUCCCUCUUGCCCUCCAAACACCGACUCCAUCUGGCACUCGCGACGAGAUCCGCCAAGCGCUCGGUAGAGACUUGAUUCACCGACGCUAUACCAUCCUGCGCACAGACGUUUUGAGAGAUCUUAAAGGAGUCUGUACGGACAUCCUCAUCGUUAACUCGAAGAGUACACCCAUUCCGACGAGUGAGCCUGGGGUGCCGGUGUUCAUAUUGGACCAUGUUGGGCCCUUCGAGAGGACGGGAUGGGAGAGUGUUGUGCAGGUUCUGUGCUGCGUGCAGAAGGACGGGCAGGAGGAUGUCUAUAGCUAUAUAGGGCGCUAUACCUAUAAGCCGAAUGCGGAGACGCGGUUGAGUGGCAGCGAGUGGGUGGGCCUACCAAACGACAUGAAGAAUCACAUCUGCCGCCGGAUCGAAUACGCGAGGGAUGACCACGCAAGCAAGCUCUGCGCCCGCGUCUAUCUGCGGGGUAAACGCGAGGUAGUGGACCCACCGGCGGUGCGCAGUCUGCUACGACACGACCGGUGUCGAGAGGACCGGUUAGAGCACUAUCAGAAGCCGAAGACUGCGUCGUUGCAUGGAGAUCUAAAUCGUGCCUUCGAGUCUGAUACGGAGAAGUUGUAUCUGUACCCAUUGCAGUGCGAAGCGUAUGACGGAGCUUUCGCACAGGUGUUGCAUCAACGUCUGAAGGAGGCCAUUGCGCUGAUGCGAGAAGAAUCGACGUAG